GCUGUAUACAACUACAUAAAGCAAGCGACAAAAACCAUAGUGGCUUUCAUAGCAACCAAUCAGAGGGCGCCUUGCUGCGGUGUAGAAAAUGAAAGCAGCCAUCUAAUUGGUUGCUGUACUUUUUCCCUAGAUUUAGCUGUAAAAUAGGAAACCAGAGCCAUAGGAAACCAGGGCUUUUUUUUUAGCCCUCACUGCUACAUACACCCCACCCAACCCCCACUUCCUGGCUUCCGGGUGGCGCGUCGAAAUGACGUCACUGGCCGAGCCGUCGCGCACGGAAUGAACGUCAUCAUGAAGAAAUGAAGGCCUGAGAACGGGAUAGGAGAGUUCCUGCACAGCUCGUGAGUGACCGACGGGAUGUGACCGGAGCCCGGGACGGCUGCAAAAUUCUUCAAAAUGGAAGUACAGAUGUCAUCAGUACAGCAGCAGCAGCCUCUUGUACAGUCUACAGACACCAGCAGCCAUCAGUACGAGUGUCACGAGUGUGGGAAAGUCUUUAAGUGGUCGUCCAGACUAAUUCAUCACCAAAGGACUCACACUGGAGAGAGACCGUACAAAUGCUCAGAAUGUCCCAAGGCUUUUAAAGGCUCCUCAGCUUUACUUUAUCACCAGAGGAGCCAUACCGGGGAACGGCCAUAUAAGUGCGGAGACUGCGGCAAAGCCUUCAAACGUUCAUCCUUGUUGCAGAUCCACCAAAGUGUCCACACUGGAUUCCGGUCUUUCAAGUGCAAUGUUUGUGGCAUGGCGUUCAAGUGGUCCUCUCAUUAUCAGUACCAUAUGAGACAACAUACUGGUGAGAGGCCAUACAAGUGUAACAUCUGUGAAAAGGCUUUUAAGAACUCUUCUAGUUUGAGACGACACCGAAACAUUCACACGGGAGAGAGGCCUUAUGUGUGUACUGUAUGUGGCAAGGCUUUUACUCAGUCUACGAACCUGAAGCAGCAUGAAAGGAUUCAUACCGGGGAGCGUCCCUACAAGUGCAAUGAAUGUGGUAAAUCCUUCACCCAUUCCUCUAACCUUCUUCUGCACCAACGCACACAUACUAGUGGGCAUACACACAAAUGUGACUUGUGUGGCAAGGUGUUUAUUUCCGAAGCUUUCCUGCAAAAGCAUUUGCAGUCGCACACUAAUGAACCGACUUUUGUGCAAGCCGAUACCGAAGUUUACUUCACUACGGCUGGGGACGUGGAGACCGUGGAGAUGCUCUAUAAAUGUGGCACAUGUGACUUGACGUUCAAGAAUGAGAACUUGCUACUUGAGCAUCAACAGAGCCAUGCAGACGAGCAGAUCUUUUCUUGCACUUCUUGUGAUAAGACGUUUAAGAAUGCCUCAGGGUUAUCUCGCCACCAAUUUACACACUCUAAUGAACGGCCUUAUAAAUGCUCCAUUUGUGAGAAAACAUUUGUGCAGCUGUCUAACCUCUUGAUGCACCAGAGAACUCACACCGAAGAGCAACAGCUGAUACAAACUGAAGCAGAGGUCACAUGUCCACAAACCAUAGAAAUUGUUCAACCUUAUACAAUGACGACCCCUCCCGAGACUGUGGACCGCCCAUACAAAUGCACAGACUGCAAUAAAGCCUUUAAAGGUUCUUCAGGACUGCGUUACCACAUGCGAGAUCACACAGGAGAGCGACCUUACAAAUGUUCAGAAUGUGGUAAAGCUUUUAAACGCUCUUCGCUACUGUCAAUUCACCAGCGGGUACACACUGGUGUCAGGGCAUUCAAGUGUGCCGAGUGCGGCCUCACAUUCAAAUGGUCCUCACAUUAUCAGUACCACUUACGGCUCCAUACAGGAGAAAGGCCGUAUAGUUGCACAGAGUGCGGCAAGUCCUUCAAAAACACUUCUUGUUUACGCCGUCACCGGCAGCUGCACACUGGCGAGCGCCCAUUUGCCUGCGUCAUGUGCGGUAAAACUUUUACUCAGACUUCUAAUUUACGGCAACAUGAAAGGACUCACACAGGAGAGAAGCCGUAUAAGUGUGAAAAAUGUGACAAAACAUUUACCCACUCUUCAAAUUUGCAACUUCAUCAACGCACACACUCCACCGACAGACCUUACAGGUGCACGGUUUGUGGCAAAGGCUUUGUCAUGUCCUCCUAUCUGCAGAGGCACAUGCGUACCCAUGCAGUGAACACUGGGGGGGAUGCAGAGUUGGUCACGCAAAUGCCACUUGGCACUCAGAAUGGACAAGUCACACCAACCACUCAAAAAGUGCAAAUUCUAUCUGAUAUACCUGCAACGUUAAAUUUAGAGGUUUGCAACCAAGCUCCUUCAAACAACUCGCAGACCUUUUUCUUGGUACAAGUACCACAACAGAACACUCCUAAAUUUAUAUUACUACCUUCUCAUCAAAUAUUAAAUUCGCAGCAGAAGCUACCUGUAGCCCCAAGUACUAAUACUAAUCUAGUUACGAUACCGAACAAUACGUGUCAGAAAAAUCAGAGCAAAGUUUCACGAAAGCGAACAAAGCAGAAAACCUCCAAUACAGUUUGUAACAUUGCAACCCCGAACAAGAACAUUCUCAUCAUGCCUAAUACUGGCCAAACGCUGUCUAGUGUACAGCCGCUUCAAUUUCAGACUCUUCAAAGUUUUCCCAGGGCACAAACCUUACCUAUGGGUCAGAACAUAAUUUUAUUGCAGAAUGUGGCCGAGCAGAGCCCUCUGCAGUUACCUACAGUUCAAGUCCAUCCAAUGCCACUUUCCCAGAAAGCCCCGAACCUACAAAUCCAGCAGAUAUCCAAUACACAAGAUGUAACUCUUCAAAGUUUACCUAGCUCUCAGGAAGUAUCAAACAUUCAAGUUAAGACCAUACCACCUUCCGAAGAAAUACCCAACAUCCAGACCCUGUCCAGCCCCCACAAUGUACAUAUCCACCAAGAGCUGCCCAAUGGCCAGCUCCAAACCAGUCCAACUACAACACAUCCUUUAGAUCUUCAUAUACAAGCUCUUCAGGAAACGCAUAGUAUGUCCAGCUUGCAGGAGAGUCAAAACUUGAUAGUUGUGCAGAAUUCUCCCGGUGAGGAGCUUCUUAGCACCAGUGAGAGCGUGGAAAGCUUGCAGUCUAUGGAAGAAGUUCAGGAUGUCCAUUUUGAAACCCUUCAGACUGAAGACGGUUUGCAGAACGUUCUGGUUUUGCAGAACGCUGACGGCGAGCAGACUCGGUUGUGCGUACAAGGAGUGGAAAACAUUCAGGGCAUUCAAGACGUUUCUAAUGUCCAGAUUCAGGCCAUGUCCAGUAUGCAGGAACCUGCAAACUCUGCGUCCGAGUGUCAGAAAGUAUUUAUUAUCCAGAGCUCUCAAGGCGAACAGACUCUGCAAGUGGUGGAUAACUUCCAAGCAGAUCAAAAUGUACACGUUGUAGAAAACAUUCAAGGGCUGCAGGCUGGGCAAAACCCACUGCAAGUUGGGCAGAACCAGCUUCAGAUGCUACCGGGCCUUCAGAGUCACAACACUGUACAACUCCCACAGAACGUGCAGCUGAGGACUCUGCCAAGCAGUCAGGGGCUUCAGGCUGUACAAAAUGUCCAGGGGCUCCAGAACAUACAGACUGUUAAUUCGGGGGGCCAGAACAUACAGACCAUCCAGUUAGUCCAGAAGAAUUCUGUUCAGGGGUUACAGCAUGUUUUACCGUAUAUUCAGAUUGUACAGAGCUCUCCGAAAGUUCAGCUUGUCCAUACUUUUUAAUGCAGGCUGCGAUAAAGACCAGUCGGCUCUACAGACAUGUCUGUAGCAAGGAGUCGCAAAGCUCUGCCGGAGCAUCUGUUAGAACUGUUCUGCUGUUCCUCUGUUAUUCCUCCUGGAAAUGUAAUAAUAAAUCAACAGUGUUUCAAUUUUACAUUGCACAGAAUCAGGCUUCUUAGUGCAGUGUUUCCCAACCAGGGUUCCUCCAGCUGUUGUAAAACUACAUCUCCCAGAAUGCCCAGAAUGUUGGGAGCUGUAGUUUUGCAACAGCUUAGUGCACACUGCUUAGUGCAGUGUAUCCCAACCAGGGUGCCUCCAGCUGUUGCAAAACUACAACUCCCAGCAUGCCCAGACAGCUGGAGGCACCCAGGCUGGGAAACACUGCACUAAGCUCUUGCAAAACUACAAAUCCCAGCAUGCCCAGACAGCCAAAGGCUGUCUGGGUAUGCUGGGAGUUGUAGUUUUGCAACAGCUUAGUGCAGACUGCUAAGUGCAGUGUUUCCCAACCAGGGUGCCUCCAGCUGUUGCAAAGCUACAUCUCCCAGCACGCCCUGACAGCCUUCAUCUGUCUGGGCAUGCUGGGAUUUGUAGUUUUGCAAUAGCUUAGUGCAGUGUUUCACAACCAGGGGGCCUCCAGCUGUCUGGGCACGCUGGGAGUUGUAGUUUUGCAACAGCUUAGUGCAGUGUUUCCCAACCAGGGUUCCUCCAGCUGUUGCAAAACUACAUCUCCCAGCAUGCCCUGACAGCCUUCAUCUGUCUGGGCAUGCUGGGAUUUGUAGUUUUGCAACAGCUUAGUGCAAUGUUUCACAACCAGGGUGCCUCCAGCUGUCUGGGCACGCUGGGAGUUGUAGUUUUGCAACAGCUUAGUGCAGUGUUUCCAUUCCAGGGUGCCUCCAGCUGUUGCAAAACUACAUCUCCUAGCAGCCUUCGGCUGUCUGGGCAGGCUGGGAUUUGUAGUUUUGCAAUAGCUUAGUUCAGUGUUUCACAACCAGGGUGCCUCCAGCUGUCUGGGCACGCUGGGAGUUGUAGUUUUGCAACAGCUUAGUGCAGUGUUUCCAUUCCAGGGUGCCUCCAGCUGUUGCAAAACUACAUCUCCUAGCCGCCUUCGGCUGUCUGGGCAUGCUGGGAGAUGUCGUUUUGCAACAGCUGGAGGCACCCUGGUUGGGAAACACUGGCCUAGUGAAAUGGUAACCACCAGUUUUCAGUUUUGUUUCUACAUUUCCAGGAGGAAUAAGGGGAAUGGCACAAAACUCUUUAAGAAAAGAUGCUGGAGAAUUUUAGAGUUCUUUUUUAAUUUCAUUUGCUUAAAAAACAUGCCUGGAAAGCUGCAAGGUCCCUUUUCGGAGUAUUUGUCGAAGCUGCCCUUAUAGUGGAGCUCCAGUCUUUGACAUUACACCAGUGCCUCUCCAUGCAUGAGAAUCCGUGGGCAGCCCGACCAUCUCUACAACGACUUGUCCAUAGUCCACGGCUCUACCUUCUCCUUACAGGCACCUACAGUUAUGCAUGGCAGUAUUUUACAGAAUGUGAAGGAUUUUGCUUCAUUUUUGAGUCUCCUAGAAUAUAAUCUAUUGUUUUAUAGUACGUGUAUUAAUGCUAUCACAUUAAGCAAUAUUAUGCCUAA